AACCCGAGUUUAACGGCAUCCACAGACUUUCUGCUAAUAGAGAAGACUUCCAAGAGAGAGAGGGAAGACUUUGGAAGUAACCUCUUUUCCGGAUUAAUAUAUAACAAUACAAGCAGUGAUCUUUCUUGAUAGAUAGAUUCAUACAAGCCUUUCUUACUAGCCUCACAUUUUUGAAAUCUUUGCACUUAUGGAAAUGAAUCUAAUUAUGCCUCUCAACUCCUUCAUAACACCAACACUAUCCCUAGUGUUCAUCACAUUGCUGCAUAUCGUCAUGACCACACUCCCCAAUGCCACUGCCAGUAGUACUGUAACCACUGGCAGAAAUGAGACAGAUCAUCUUGCCUUGUUAGCCAUCAAGUCAAAGAUUGUUCAUGACCCUCAAGGUGUCGUGAGCUCAUGGAACGAGUCCCUUCAUUUCUGCAUGUGGGAAGGUGUUGCGUGUGGUCGUCGCCAUCGUAGAGUCAUCACCAUACAUCUACCGUCCAGAGGUUUAGCGGGUUCGUUGUCGCCUUAUGUCGGUAACUUGAGCUUCCUUCGGGUGUUAAACCUCUCCAGUAACACCCUUGAAGGUGAAAUCCCUCCUCAACUUGGUCAUUUGUUCAGACUGCAGAUAUUGAACCUGAACAACAACAGCUUCGAAGGAGAAAUUCCAGUUAACCUAUCCCACUGCUCCAACCUCAGGUAUCUUGGUGUACAUGACAAUAAGGUAGUUGGAAAACUUUCUGAAGAAUUUGGUUCCUUGUCACAGCUCACACAUCUCAUCAUUCACGGGAAUCACUUUGCUGGAAAGAUCCCUCAAUUCAUUGGGAGAUUGGCUUCUCUAAAAUACGUGUCUGCAGCUUCAAAUCACUUCACAGGUAGUCUUCCUGAGGCCUUGGGUCAAUUGAAAAAUCUAGAAGUACUUGCGUUUGGUAGCAAUGAACUCUCUGGUACAAUCCAUCCUUCCAUUUACAAUCUUUCUCUUCUAACUGUUCUCUCUCUGUCUGGUAACCAUCUUCAUGGCACUCUUUCGCCCAGCUUGGGUCUGAUGCUCCCUAAUCUUAUACUUCUCCAAUUAAGGGGGAACAAAUUUACUGGACCCAUUCCACUAUCAAUUUCCAAUUGUACAACACUAGAAAACCUUGAUCUUGGAGAAAAUCAUUUCAACGGGAAAUUAGGAACUAAUUUUGGAGGCCUACAGAAUCUCGAGGAUAUUUCUCUAUAUAUGAAUAAUUUAGGAAGUGGAGAGCCAGAUGAAUUUAGCUUCAUUGAUUCUAUGGCCAAUUGUAGCAAUUUAAAAGCGUUAGAUUUGCCUGCUAACCAAUUCAGAGGGCUCUUACCUGAUUCUGUGGGCAAUUUCUCAAACCAACUUUCCUAUCUCUCGCUUGAUGUAAAUUUUAUACAUGGAAAACUCCCUUCAGCAAUAGGUAAUCUUGUCAACUUAGAACAUUUAGGCCUAGACAAUAAUCGAUUCACGAGCACAAUUCCAGUUACUAUAGGAAAUCUUCAAAAUUUACAACGGGCAUAUCUUGGCAUAAAUUCUUUCCAUGGGGAUAUUCCAGAAUCUAUAGGAAACUUGUCAUUGUUGACGGAACUUUACUUGGGUGAGAACAGAUUACUGGGGAACAUACCCAUGAGUCUUGGAAAUUGCAAAAAAUUAUUAUGGCUUGAUCUUUCACAAAACAAUCUUAGCGGCACCAUACCCAAACAACUUUGGAGCAUUUCUUCUCUUUCUAUUUCACUAAAUCUAUCUGGAAACCAAUUGUCUGGAUCCCUACCUUCUGACGUUGGCCACCUCAAAAAUUUGGCGGAGUUGGAUAUAUCUGAGAAUUGGUUGUCUGGUGAAAUUCCAAAUAGCCUUGCGAGUUGUACCAGCCUCGUAAACCUCUAUAUGGAGGGAAACUUGUUUAAUGGAUCUAUUUCUCAAUCAUUGAGUUCCUUGAGAGGUAUUCUGAACUUCGAUCUUUCUAGGAACAAAUUGUCUGGACAUAUUCCAAGAUUCUUGGAGCAUUUUUCCUUAAAGAAUCUUAAUUUGUCCUUCAAUAAUUUUGAGGGUGAGGUGCCCAUUGAAGGAGUUUUUGCAAAUGCUAGUGCAAUUUCAGUUGUUGGAAACAUUAGGCUCUGUGGCGGCAUACCCAAACUUCAACUACCAAAAUGCAACGUCAAAGAAUCAAAGAAGAAGAAAAGUUCACUUAUGCUCAUAUUAGUGAUCUCAAUAGUGUGCACACUUCUGGGUGUGACAAUGGUAGUAUCUUUCUUAUUUUGUUGGGUUAAAAAGAAAAGAAAUGUUCAACCUUCGGGAAUAUUGUUGAGAGAAUCAUUCAUGAAAGUGUCUUAUGAAAUGCUCCUCAAAGCUACCGACAGGUUCUCUUCAACAAAUUUGAUUGGUGUGGGUAGUUAUGGCUCUGUCUACAAAGGAAUCCUUGAUCCAAAUGAAACCAUUGUUGCAGUCAAAGUACUAAACCUCCAACGUCGGGGAGCUUCCAAAAGUUUCAUGGCCGAGUGUGAAGCCUUGAGAAAUAUCAGACAUCGGAAUUUGGUAAAGGUCAUAACUUCUUGCUCGAGCAUUGAUUUUCAGGGAAAUGAUUUUAAGGCUCUAGUCUAUGAAUUCAUGAUCAAUGGGAGUCUAGAGAGUUGGUUGCAUCCAAGUCUGAAAUCUAGUAAUAGAGAAAAUGAUCAAACUCAUAGCCUAAACCUUCUUCAAAGAAUAAAUGUUGCAAUUGAUGUUUUGUGUGCACUCGAGUAUCUUCAGAAUCAUUGUCAACCGCCAAUAAUCCAUUGUGAUCUAAAGCCAAGCAAUGUCCUACUUGAUAGUGACAUGGUUGCACAUGUAGGAGAUUUUGGGCUAGCAAGAUUUCUUCAACAACUCACAAAUCCAAAUCAAAGCAGUUCAAUUGCAGUAAAGGGAACUGUUGGUUAUGCAGCUCCAGGUAAGCAUUGUUUCUCAUAUACAAUCCAUUAUUGUUUCUUUUUUAUUUUCAUUUUCUUCCUCUAGGU